AUGUAUUGGGCCCUGUGUCUCUCCUCCACCGAGAAACCUGGGGUACUCUUUCCCACCGUUGGCCUGUCCCACUGGCCUACUAUACCAAUUGCCACUGUGGCCACUGUACUUGUUAUCGGCGCAUCAGGCAGGGUAGGCUCACAUGUCGUCAAAGGGCUUGAUGCAAAUUGCGAGGGUAUCACGGUGCGAUUGGCGACCAGCCGUGCCACGACUGCCGAGCGAUGGCGACGAGAAGGGCGGCAAGCUGUCAUUCUGGAUCUUGAAAAACCCGAAACACUGCCAGCAGCAUUGAAAGGCAUCGACAGGGUCUUCAUCGUCACUGGCGGCACGGCAGCCAUGCUGUACCAAAGCAAGAUGCUGAUCGACGCAUCUGCAGCCGCCGGAGUCAAAUUCGUGGUCCACCUUGGUGUCUACAGCUCGGGCCGGGACCACAUUCCGCACUUUGGCCGGCAUGACAUGGUUGAGACCUACAUCAAAGCGUCCGGGCUGGCUUGGACCAACCUGCACCCCAAUGUCAUCUUGGAUUCCGUUUUAGUCACCGAACCAUCAACCACCGAGAAAGGUUCCUUCGAUGUCAUGUGGGGAGAGGCUGCAUUCGGCUGGGUUUCAGCCGCCGACAUCGGUACUGUAGCGGCCGCAGUGCUCCGCGAGGGACCCGAGAAGCACGCCGGUGCCGAUUACAGCCUCAGCCCAGAGAUCCUCACUGGUCCACAGGCCGCCGCUAUCAUCACGGAAGCCACAGGGAUCAAGAUAAAAUGCAAUGUUCUCACCUCGGAGGGCCUUGCGGCGAAGCUCACGUCAAUUCCGGACGCCGGUACUCGCCUCUACCUAGAGAGCGCUGUGCAGACAAUGCGUCUUGGCGAGAGCGGGCAAAUGCAUUACCAAGCUACUGCGCGUGAUGACUUCCAAACUGUCAUGGGUCGGCCUGCGACAACGCUGUACGAUUGGGCACGUCGGAACCUGUCACCAAAGACAUGA